UUUAAAGAAAUAACGCCGUUUAUAACUGAAAAAAUGCUUUGAUUCUUAAUUCUUAGCGAGGGUAAACAAACCUAAACACACAAGAUUGUUAAUUCUGAUGUCAGUAGCAGUAAACUAAGUACUUCUGACUGUUCAGAGCUAUGACCAGCAUGGAAACUCUUUUAGUCCGUCACUUACCAAAUGAUCUAAAUGAUCAAGAAAAGAUAGAUCUUUUGUGCCACUUUGGAGCCAAAGCUGUCAGACCCAUGGGUACUAAAGGUACUAUGAAGCAUACAGCGUUCGCAAAAUUUCAAAACCAUGAUGCAGCAGAAAAAUGCCUACGGAGACUACAUCAGUUAGAGAUUCUUGGUUGUAAGUUAGUUGUAGAAUUUGCUCAGUCUCAGCAUGAAAAACACUUCCCCACUCAAAGUUUAGAGACAAAAUCAAAAGAAAAGGAUGUGCCCAUACCUGUAGAAGACACAUCACAUGUUACUGAGGUUACACCUGAUAAGAAAAUCGAUGAUGCAUAUAAAAAGCAUAAUAUACUUUACCCGAAGAAACCUACGCUGAAUUAUAUGUACCCACCCCCUACUGUAUCAACACUCACAAAUAUUGCCAAUGCAUUGGCGUCACAUCCGAAAUUCUACACUCAAGUUUUACAUUUAAUGAAUAAGAUGAACCUUCCUUGUCCUUUUGGUCCAGUAACUGCGUCGCCACCUUUGGCACUAGAAAGCGCCAGAUAUUUGGGACGUGAGAAGAAAAGUGGAAAAGGAGAACAGUAUGUUCCAGAGGACAUUGAAGAGGUUGAGAUGGAAUAUUCAAGCUCAGAGGAGUCUGAAAUAGAAUCUGAUGCUGAUGGUGGCAGUAGAAGAAAAGAAAAUACUGAUCUUGGUAAGGAGUCAGUUGUGCGUAAGAAAUUAAAAAGACCAAGGAAGAGAAUGAGACUUAUUCAACCAGAUAUGUCAAUGAUCAUAAAGCCUGUGUCUGUCCAAAAAACAAGUGAAGUCUUUGAAGCAACACAUUUGAAAACUUCUCAGAUACAGUUUAAAAUAUCCGAGGCAGAUAUCAGCAAACAGUUGAAUGCAGGAGAGGGAGAAACAGAGAAUAAGAUAGAAGAACAUGCUACUGUAACAGAAGGUGGAUUUGGUAAAGUUGAACCGCAGAGCAAACCAAAAUUGGAAGUUGAAAUGCAGAAAACUGACGUCAAUUACAAAAUAGAUCGAAAACUGUUCUUAAAUGUAAAGCAAAUAGAAGAAGGGAGGUUAAAAAAGGAGCAAAUGAAAGAUUUCUCAGUGUUUAAGAAGUAUUCCUCUGGAGACCCAACCAGCAGGUUGUAUAUAAAGAACUUGACCAAACACACAACAGAACAGGACCUGAUGAACCUCUUUGGUUCAUUUAUUGAUUGGUCACAAGAUUUAGCUUGCGAAGCAUUUGAUAUAAGGUUAAUGAAAGAAGGCAGGAUGAAAGGUCAGGCUUUCGUAACACUACCGAAUGAGAACGAAGCAGUGAAUAUUGUUAAAGAAUGUAAUGGUUUUAUUCUGAACAAUAAGCCAAUAGUGAUUCAGUUUGCGCGUUCAGCAAAGGCGAAGCAGUUGACAAGCCUUUAGAUGACUUCAGAUACCGUGUAGUCAUGGUAAUUUAACAAGUGGCUGUGGAGAUCUUAAACUUAUAUUAAACCAGACUUUAAAUUUAUGUAACUUGGUCGUAUUUCAUAUUAUUCAAUCUUGUUUUCUCAUAGAACUAUGUGAAACAGUUAACAUAGAAAUAAUAAGAUCUACCGUACA